UGGGUUUUGAUAAAUAUUCAGAAAAAAGAAAAAAGAAGUAAAAAAUGGGUGAAGAACAGGGGAACUUGAAGACAGCCACCGGUGACGAAAAUCUAAAGGACAUUUUUCACAGUAUCAGAACAACUAAAACUCCGGCUGUAAUCAAUUAUGGGGCUUCUUGGUGCCGUGUCUGCAACCAGAUCUUUCCUACAUUUCAGGAGCUGAGCAAGAAGUUCCCUAAACUCUCUUUCAUAUAUGCUGAUAUCGAUGAAUGUCCAGAGACAACUCAGAACAUUCGUUACACGCCAACUUUUCAUUUCUACCGAGAUGGUGAGAGGGUUGAUGAGAUGUUUGGUGGAGGAGAAGAGCGAUUGCAUGACCGUCUGUGGUUGCACUCUUAGAAGGAAUCUUCAAUUGCCUUUUGCAAUUGAAACAAAUCACUGGAUCAUAGGUGGCAGUUUCUAUAACAGAUUACUGUACUUUUGUAUUGUCAACAGACUAAGUUGUUCAUUAUUAUCAAUUGUAGACAACCAAAUUUUAGAAAUUCUGCUUUUAGUUUUAUCACAAUUCUCAGUUUACCAUGGGCAUGGAAAGGUAGCAAUAAACUAUUACCUGAUUGUAUUUGCAUAACAGUGUUUCCAGACAAAGGCAAACCAAUUGAUAAACAAAGUCUUUCACCUCAGGAGAUAAUUUGACAAAUUCAUAUAUAAUAUGAUAGAACAAGGGAAACUUAAUUCACUGCUACUUAACAGGGAAACUUAAAUCACUGCUACUUAACAGUAUCAAAAUAAAAUAAAGUACUGCAGAAAUGGGUGAAAAAAAAGAAAGAAAAAUAACAAAUGUUCACAAAUUCUCUUCUCCUGCCACCAAU